CCUGGACCCCCCACGCCCCCCCCACCAUGAGACUAUCCAAGAUGUGCCGGCUGAACGCGCUGGGCAUCUACCUGUGGGAGACCCUGGUGUUCUUCAGCCUGGCGGCGUCCAAGGAGGCCGCGGCGAGGAAGGCCGCCUCCCCCAUGCCGCCCUCGGAGUUCCUGGACAAGCUGAUGGGCAAAGUUUCCGGCUACGAUGCCAGGAUCCGGCCCAACUUCAAAGACCCCAAAGGCUCCAAAAAUGAAGCUACUCACAAGAAAGGUCCUCCUGUCAACGUGACCUGCAACAUCUUCAUCAACAGUUUUGGCUCCAUUGCUGAGACAACCAUGGACUACAGAGUCAACAUCUUCCUGAGGCAGCAGUGGAACGACCCUCGACUGGCCUACAGCGAGUAUCCUGACGACUCGCUGGACCUGGACCCGUCCAUGUUGGAUUCCAUCUGGAAGCCCGACUUGUUCUUUGCCAACGAGAAGGGCGCCAACUUCCACGAGAUCACCACCGACAACAAGCUGCUUCGCAUCUCCAAGAACGGCAACGUGCUCUACAGCAUACGAAUAACGCUGAUCCUGGCCUGUCCCAUGGAUCUGAAGAACUUCCCGAUGGAUGUGCAGACGUGCAUCAUGCAGCUGGAGAGCUUCGGCUACACCAUGAACGACCUGAUCUUCGAGUGGGACGAGAAGGGUGCGGUGCAAGUGGCUGACGGACUCACACUUCCUCAGUUCAUCCUCAAGGAGGAGAAGGACCUGCGCUACUGCACCAAACACUACAACACAGGAAAGUUCACCUGCAUCGAGGCUCGCUUCCACCUGGAGCGUCAGAUGGGCUACUACCUGAUCCAGAUGUACAUCCCCUCCCUGCUCAUCGUUAUCCUGUCCUGGGUCUCCUUCUGGAUCAACAUGGACGCCGCUCCGGCCCGGGUGGGCCUGGGCAUCACCACGGUGCUGACCAUGACCACGCAGAGCUCCGGGUCCAGGGCCUCCCUGCCCAAGGUGUCCUACGUGAAGGCCAUCGACAUCUGGAUGGCCGUGUGUCUCCUCUUCGUCUUCUCGGCGCUGCUGGAAUACGCCGCCGUCAACUUCAUCGCUCGCCAGCACAAAGAGCUCCUUCGCUUCAGACGGCGGCGACGGCACAUGAAGGAGGACGAGACGGGUGACGGGCGCUUCAGUUUCCCGGGUUACGGCGUGGGCCCCACCUGCCUGCAGGCCAAAGACGGCAUGGCCAUCAAGGGCAACAACAACAACGCCCCGCCCUCGGCGGCGCCGGAGAAGAGCAUCGAGGAGAUGAAGAAGUUGUUCAUCGGCCGCGCCAAGCGCAUCGACACGGUGUCCCGCGUGGCCUUCCCGAUGAUCUUCCUCAUUUUUAACAUUUUCUACUGGAUCACCUACAAGAUCAUCCGCAGCGAGGACAUCCACAAGCAGUAGCCCCGCCCACUCCCCCCGGCCCCUCCCCCCCCAGCCCCGCGUGGGAGGAGUCCAAGCAGACAGGCGGGGCAAGGGUCGGCCCCUGUCCAUCGCAGACUUUAACCCCGCCCCUAACAGGAAGUCGCCGCAAUGCAAGAGAAAUAUUUACACGCCCCCGCCCCUCCCCAGCUGCGGGGAUGAUCACAUGACUGAUGGAGGCUGACUCGUCAUAUUUACGUGCCAAGCGAAGGAGGUCAUGUGACCGCCUUGUGUUUACAUCCAAUUAGUGCUUCCUCUCUGUGACCCCGCCCCCUCGCCGUCAUGUGACACGCAGCUUCUCUAUGCAACCAUUCAUAUGCAAAUGAUGUCGGCUCCGCCCUCGGACUCUAUGACCUCAUCGAUGACGCUUGUUUGUGGCGAGGCACACUCCACACCAGCAGGGGGCAGCGAGUGCAAACGCUAACAAAUCUUUUUUUAUUCCUCCUUUAUUUCUUUACUCAUCAACAAACUCUUCUAAUACGAUAUUUAUAGUCCAAUAUUUUACACCAGGUUGAGCAAUUUACAUAAUAAACCAAAUUAAAAAACAAUCCUCAGACAAAACCUGUUAAAGAUGGUACAAGUAAGAUUAAAAUAAAAUAUAAAUAUAAAUAUAAAAUAACUUGAAUUCUUCCAAUAAAGAUAAUAAUUUAGUUUCUACAUUCAACCAUUUUCCAAGGUCGUAUUAAUUAUUAGAAAUAAUUCAGUCAAAAGUGUUUGAGUUUUACUUUUAGAAAACAAAGUUAGCUCGCAACAUAAUAAUAAUUUUUAGUUUGCUAUCUUUAUAAAAAAUAAAAAUAAAACAUAUUUUUAUCUUUGGUCCUCUGAUCUCCCAAAAUAAAUGUACAGUAUCGCGUUCCAUUAAUAAACGAUUUGCAUUACAUUUGAAAUAAUUUGCCAGCCAUAAUGUUACAUUUUUCUUUCAAUUAAUCACAUUUUCAUGAACUUUUAGUUACUUUUCCAAAAAGACUGCAGUUCAAUGUUUUAAAUCAACAACGGAGCGGUAUGCCUACAUCCGGGGAUUUUUAGUGCAGCCAAAAAAACAAAACAAAAAAAAAUAACGGAAAUGUGUCCCGUUAAAACCCGUCCGACCGGAACUGCCUAUAAAUAACUCAAGUUCCGCAGGUGACGAACAUUUCAAUUCGCUUCUUUACCAUUUCAUUUUUUUUUUUACUUCCUCCUGCUGGUUUGUCAAUCGUCAACGAUUCGUUAACCGUGUCGUAUCUUCUUCUUAAUCGUCUUUGCUCGUCGCUUCGUCACAUUUACACAUUAUUGUCCUUCUUCUUCGCCGCGAGCGAGGACGCGACACCGGCGCCAUCUAGCGGAUUUUUGAGGUAUCACAGGCGUCCACCUUGGUUUUGUAAAAGACAAAAGGGAAGAAAAGAAAAAAAAAAAAUGUUUUUGUGUUCACAUUUUCCACCCGUGCUGUUGGCAUGGCAACAGAACCCGUCAGGAGAAAGCGAUCCGUGCCAUAGCCGCCGCGGCGAGCUCGCUAUCUAGCUCGCUAACAGGUGAUUUAGUGCCAUGGGGGAGGGGCGUGAGUCGUUCCAAAUAAGGACCUACAAACAUUUCGUGCUUCCGCCGGCGUGAGAUCACGUGACUUCUGAGGUGGGACGUUCAAGUAGCAUGUUUGGUUUGUUGACUUCCAUUGGGGAUUUGUUGCAUUUUAAUGGCCGGCCGAGCUUUGUUUUUGUUGCUUUGCACACGUUAGAAUGGCCUUAAUUUCGCUUCUGUUAACUGGCACACAGUGCAAGACGCUUCGAGUGCAGGAUGGAAAAACUAGCGGCGCAAAUACCUUUUUGAGAAACAAUAUUUUGCAUGAAUAUUAAAGAGAUCGGCAGAUAUUUUGCUCGCACUAAAACUGUGAAGCAAUUUGAAGAAGAGGAAGAAGAAGAAGAAGAAAAAAAAACCGAAUGUAGCGUUUCUGCUGUUUCUGUAUAUAUGGAAGUAUUUAUUGACAUAUUACUAAUUCUAUUAACCAGACGAGACGUUUUAUGAACAAGCUUGUAGUUCCUCCACUCCAGGAUCUGUGUCAUGUUCAAAGAAUAAACAUUAAAAACAGCAAUUAAA